GGAGGCAGCGCGGGGAUGAAGGGGGGGUGCACUGCACUGGCGGCACUGGCAGGAUGCGGGGGGCGCAGCGGGCGCUGUGCCUGCUGCUGGUGGCCUCGGCCUCGCUGGCCGCGCUGUACCUGCACCUCUGGGCACCCAAGGGCCCCCCCAGCGUGGACCUGCGGCGCCCCCCCCCCCGAGCGGCUGCCGCCCCCCCUGCCGCCCCCCGCCCGCGCCUACCCCCACGUGCCCUUCCGCCUCAAGGAGGAAGUGAUGGAGCUGCUGCCCAGGAACGGCUGCUCGUGCGAGGCGGAGGCGGAGGCGGGGCUGGCGCUGCCCCUACGGCGGCGGCUCUUCGGGCCCGGCCCGGGAGGGUUCGACUUCGCCAGCGCCUUCAGCCCCGGGGAGCGGCCGCGGCAGCUGCGGCUGCGGGAGCGAGAGUACCGCAACUACCGGAACCGGGUGCAGACCCCCGCUGACCGGCUGCUCAUCGUCCCGGCUAACUCCCCUCUGGAGUACCCGGCGCAGGGGGUGGAGGUGCGGCCGCUGCAGACCGUGCUGGUGCCCGGGCUCAGCCUGCAGGCGCCGGCCAGGAACAGGUACCAGGUGAACCUGACGGCCUCGCUGGGGACGCUGGCGGUGGCGGCCGAGGUGGAGGGCGUGGCGCUGCGGGGGGAGGGGCAGCCUCACCUGUCCUUGGCCGCCGCCCACCUGGACCACCUGAACCGGCAGCUGCAGUUCGUGACCUACACCAACACCCAGUUCCACCCCGACACCGCCGACAUCGUGCAGUUUUCCACCGACGGCCACUCCGCCGCCUUCGCCAUCCGCAUCCGGCACCCGCCCACGCCGCGCCUGUACGGCCCGGGGACCGCCGGGGACAGCGACGGGGACGGCGACAGCGACAGCAGCGGGGACGGGGGGUACAACAUCUCGGCGCUGGUGACCGUGGCCACCAAGACGUUCCUGCGCUAUGACAAACUGCGGGGGCUCAUCGCCAGCAUCCGCCGCUUCUACCCCUCUGUCACCAUCGUGGUGGCCGAUGACAGCCAGCGCCCCGAGCCGCUGUCCGGGCCACACCUGGAGCACUACCUCAUGCCCUUCGGCAAGGGCUGGUUCGCCGGGAGGAACCUGGCGGUGUCGCAGGUGACAACCAAAUACGUGCUGUGGGUGGACGAUGAUUUCAUCUUCACACCCCGCACGCGGCUGGAGAAGCUGGUGGAUGUGCUGGAGAGAACCAGCCUGGACCUGGUGGGCGGCGCGGUGCGGGAGAUCACGGGUUACACCACCACGUACCGGCAGCGCCUGAGCGUGCGGGGCGGCGGAGCGGGGGGCGAUUGCCUGCGGACCCGGCCCGGCUUCCACCACCGCCUCGCCGGCUUCCCCGCCUGCGUGGUCACCGACGGCGUGGUCAACUUCUUCCUGGCCCGCACCGACAAGGUGCGCCAGGUGGGCUUCGACCCCCGCCUGCGCCGCGUGGCUCAUCUCGAGUUCUUCAUUGACGGGCUGGGGGUGCUGCACGUGGGCUCGUGCGAGGACGUGGUUGUGGAUCACGCGUCCAAGCUGGCGCUGCCGUGGCGGCGCUCGGAGGGGGAGCGGCAGUACAACCGCUACCGGUACCCGGCGGCGCGGGACGACAGCCUGCGCCUCAAACAGCGCCUCUUCUUCUUCAAGAACCGCUUCAAGUGCAUGGCUGGCGACUAAGCGUGCCCAGCGGCCAGCGGCGGGUGGCGCUGGGGUGACACGGGGGUGGUGCCACCCGCUGUGACACGGAGGUGACGCAGGGACAGCACCCGCGGGGUCACCGAGCACGGACACCCCAUGGACAUCACUCACCUCGAGGGUCACUGCUGCCACCCCACGGUGUCCCCAGAGCCACCACAGCCGUGGCUGCUCCGUGGGCCACGUGUGGCCACAUGUGGGACACCCCCAGGGCCACCAACCCUGGGGCACCCUGGGGUGGCCACCACCCUUGGCUGUCCCCGCUGACACUGGUGUGACACAGGGCCACUGCCACUACGGUCCAGCUCCAGGGUCAUCACUACCGCGGCCACCCCUCCGUGGGCCACCCCCUGUGCCACCACCAGUGGCUGCUCCCGGUGGUGUCCUGAGAGCCACCAGCACGGGACACCCCCGGGACCACCCCCAGGGCCACCCCCAGGGCCACUGCCAUGGGCCACCACCCAGUGCCACCACCCAGGGCCACCACGGGGUCCCCGGAGCCACCCCCGCCCCCCCCCCCGCGGUGUUUUUAGCUCUUUUGUACUUUGGGGGUGGGGUGGUGGCGGGGUCCCCCCGGGCAUUGGGUCUCCUCUCCUGUUGUCCCCAACUCCGUUUUCUAUCGUCCAGCCCCUCCCCCCGCGCUGCCGCCAGGAUUUUUGUGCCAAGUCUCGGCCCCUCCCCCCCCAGGACCCCCGGGGUGGGUGGGGGAGGGGCUGGGGGAGGGGCUGCCCCCCCCCCCUUUUCUACCCAAUGGAUGGCGAGAUUUUAACCAG